GCAAACAACCCUCUCGCAACCACGCUAGAUAAGAGUGAGUCGCCCACUGGCUCGGCAGGGAGAUGGCGGGUGGCUGGGGGGAGGUGGAGAAGGGAGGGGGAUAAGCAGCGGGACGGCGCAUGGCAGCACUAUCGGAGGAAAAUGACAAACGGUCACGAAAAUCGAAGCACCGCGUCGAGGAAGACCCGAUCUGGCGGACCAAUAAGGCCACGCUCUCGUGCGCUCAUGCGUCGUCGGCCGGACCCCAUUAGGCUUGUAUGUGAGGAUGACGAGGAAGAAACGGUGCCGCAGAGCCGUGCCGAUCCGCGUCUAGUGACUUCACAAGUGGAGUCUCAGACUAGCAGUAUCUCCAACGUCGCUACACCUAGUAUCACUAGGCGGGCCCGAGUUCGAUCUGGCCUACCACCGGUGAUCAGGAUGCCAUUCUACUGCUGGACGAUCGCUGAAUUUGCAAGACGAUUUCCAAAACAGUAUGAGGUGUUGGGCAAGUGGGGCUCGGCGUG